CCCACAAAAUCAUUACUCAACACACAAACACACCACUCUCCCCUCAGUCUUUCCAAUGGCAACAUUCACACUCUCUUCAUCUCUAACACCCAAAACCCUAACCCCUUCGCUCUCAAACCUUAAACCCACCUUCCUAACUUCACUCAAACCCCAAUCAUGGACUUGUUCACAGCUGAUUUCAGCUCCCAAGAUUAGGUAUCAGCCCUUGAUUACAAGGGCUGCUGUAGGUUCUGAUUACUCAGCAAGAAGAAGUAACAGCAGUAAUGAUGAUAGAGAGACGAUACUGUUACCCGGUUGUGAUUAUAAUCAUUGGUUGAUUGUUAUGGAGUUCCCUAAAGACCCUGCUCCUACUAGAGAACAGAUGAUUGAUACUUAUCUUAAUACUCUUGCUACUGUCUUGGGCAGCAUGGAAGAGGCGAAGAAGAAUAUGUAUGCUUUUAGCACCACCACUUACACUGGGUUCCAAUGCACAGUAGAUGAAGCCACAUCUGAGAAAUUUAAGGGUUUGCCUGGGGUCCUCUGGGUACUGCCAGACUCGUACAUAGAUGUUAAAAACAAAGAUUAUGGAGGAGACAAGUAUGUCAAUGGGGAGAUUAUUCCAUGCACAUACCCUACUUAUCAACCGAAGCAACGCACUACUUCAAAGUAUGAGAAUAGAAGGUAUGAGAGACGGAGAGAUGGACCACCUCCAGAUCGAAGAAGAACAAGACAGGGGACAACGAAGUCAGAGCCAGCCUCUCCAUGAGUCAGUAAAAUGCAAUUGAUGUUUUAGCGUCAAAGUAGAUGCCAUUUUCAGGAGUCCCUGGAUUAUUCUUUGUCUUUUGGUGGGUGGGAAAUUAGGCAUGCAUAUUUGAACAUUGAGGUUAGAAAACUCUAUUUAUAUAGUGAGUCUGGUGAGUGCAUGAUACAUAUCCCUUGUAAGGUCAGAUGAGUUUUUCUGUCUCCACGACUAUGAAGUGUUGUCUGUGUUCUGUGACAAAUGGAGCUUUGAUGUGUAAAGAUAUCUGUUAAAUUUUUUUGAUUCUCUUCUGUUUUA